AGUACGGACAACUGUAACUUCCGGCGUCCCUAAAAUUAAAAGCCUUCUCCCUUUGUGUAAAAACUUUUCGCCGUUCCGGUCCUGCAUUUUAAGAAAAUGUUAGGUUUUGUCGAGACAGACUAUAUUAAGCUUUAAAUUUAUAACUUCGUUUAAAAAAAAAAAAACAUCGGAUAACGUUUUGUUCCGUUACUCGUUUGGUUCCUCCAGACCAGAGCUGCUUCUUCUGCUCAAAGCGUAGCAAAGAUGGCGGAGAAAGAGGAGAGUGGGGAAGCUGGGGAAGACAAAACUGAGCUGCAGAUCAUCAAGGAGCUGGUGGAUGAACUCUACACCUUCAGAGACUGCUACUUUGAGACGCACGGCGUGGAGGAGGCCGUGCGCAAAGACGGCGACGUCAAACAGAAGAUGGAGCAGACGCUGAAGAAGCUGGAGGAGAAAGAAGACGGCCUAAAACACAAAGCAGAGUUCCUGCUGCAGAAAGGCAGGUGUCUGAACGUGGCCGCGGACUUCAGCGCCGACGCCGAGGAGUGCCUGUCCCAGGCUGUGAAGCUGGAUCCCCGCCUGGUGGAGGCCUGGAACAUACUGGGGGACCAGUACUGGAAGAAGGGAGACCUGAUCGCUUCCAAGAACUGCUUCACCGGCGCCCUGCAGCGGGAGAAGAACAAGGUGUCUCUACGCAACCUGUCCAUGCUGCUGAGGCAGCUGCCCGCAGCCAGCGACGACGAGCACGGUAAGCACGUGCUGGAGAGCGUGGACCUGGCCCGGGACGCCGUGCAGCUGGAUCUCAGCGACGGCACUUCGUGGUGUAUUCUUGGAAACGCCUACUUGUCUAUGUUUUUCCUCUGCGGACAGAACCCCCAGUUCUCUCAACAAGCUCUAAGUGCCUACGCGAAAUCUGCGGCAGACAGGAUCGCCUCCAGCACGCCGGACCUGCACUUCAACAGGGCCAACCUGUUCCAAUACGAGGAGCUGUUCGGCUGCGCGCUGGAGGGCUACAGCCGGGCGGCGGCGCUGGACCCCAACUGGAAGGAGCCGCCGGAGAAAGAGAAGCAGCUGCUGGAGCAUCUGGACAAGGUGACAGAACUCACCCGGAACAAGGGCAAGGUGAAAACGCGUCGGCUGAGGACGAUGCUGUCGAGCCUCAACACGUCGGCUCUGGGGCCGUGCUCGUCCCCGCAGUUCAGCUCUCCGUCCGGCCGCGUGGGCAGCCUGGAGCCGCGGCCCCUCUCCUCCCUCGCGCAGGGCCACAAUGCCGGGGUGGCCGCCAUGGGGAAGGUGGUGUUCAGCCUGGCCUCCCAGGGUCACGUGGCCUUCACGUUCGGCAUGGUUGACAGCGAGGAGACGUGCAUGGCGGUGAUGGUGUACAACACGGCGAACUCCUGGGGCGUCCUGAUCGGCGACUCCGUGGUCAUCCCCGAACCCAACGUCAAGCGCCACCUCAUCGAACACAAGGACAAGUCGUACGACUUUAAAAGCAUACGCGUGGACUCUCCCCUGCUCCUCUUCGUCAACGGCAAGAAGCAGAACGUCCAGAGUCAAAUCCCUACCUCCAUCAGCUACCAGGGCCACUGAAGGCUCAGAGAAACGGACUGAGACCCCCUGGCUGGAGUUCAUCUGUUUGUUUCCUUUAGGGUUUUUUUGACAUGUUUUCAAGAUCUGUUCCUGUUUUCAACAUUUCCGUUGUAAAUACCCCUCACUUUUUGUUGUUGUUUUUAUAUUUAUGAUGUUCUGAUUUUGUUCCACAACAGGGUUGUUUCAUGAAUGAAUGAGCGUGUAAUGAGUUAAUAUUGUUUACCGGAGAGGGGAAAAAAAUUACUUUUUCCUGGACCCUUUUCUUAGAGAAACUCUCCCAGGGGAAUCGCUGCCAAGUCAGACACCCUUAAAGACGGCUCCAGAUGUUGCACAGAGGUUUGCAAGGUUAACAGUUGUUAGUUGUCAGUUGUUACGGAUGACAAUAGGACAUAAAGAAGUUAUAAAGCUAA